GUGUGGAACGGCAUAAAGGUGAGUAAUAAAUGACAGAAUUUUCAAUUUUGGGUGAACUAAUCCUUUAACAUAUAUGGAUAGGUCAAGAUCCAAAUCACUGCAUGCUUCCCUGUCUUUCUGUGUAAUGGUUUUCUUCUUGUCUGUUUUAGUUUGUAAUAACUGCACUGAAAAUGAGGCUUGCCAGGAGAGAGGUGGUAUCUAUGGCUGUGGUUGCUUGCAAGGACAAAGACCAAAUCCUGAAAUCUUUGAUGCUGUGGGGUCUUGUAUCAGCAGCACUGGCUCCAUAUCUCUCUCCCGCUGCCAGCUCUUUGAGUCUGGGUUUUAUCCUGAGACACUGCACCUAAAUGACCCAAGCUGCAAAGGAACCCUUGAGAAUGGCAGACUUCUGUUUUAUUUUGACAAUGAAGGCCACAUAUGUGGUACCACUCUAAUGAGCAACAGUACUCACUUCAUCUACCAAAACUCCAUUCAGUUUAACCCGAAGAACACUGAACAGAGCAUCAUUACAAGAGGUAUAUGGAUGAACAUUACAUUUUCUUGUGCAUACCCUCUGAUCCAGAACCUAUCUAUGCCCAUGAGUUUCCGAGCCGAAGGCGGGUAAGUGUACUUCAAAGUCUUCUGAAUAAAAAUGUGUAGUAUUCAGUCAAUCUAUAGUUUUUUAGGUAAUAUUUUACAUUAAGGUUCCAUUUGUUAUUUUAAUUAACUACAUUACUAAACAUGAG